GCCGCCCCACUCCCCGGCGGCCGCGGGAAAAUUCCAAACACGUCAAAACCAGACAGCCACCGUGAGGAGGCCACGCCAAGUGUUCAAGCCGCAGAAGCCGGGCGGCGGCUCCUGGCCGCCCAUUCUGCUGAGGCAGGCUCUGUGGGGCGAGGACCACCCGUGGAGGCCGCCACUUCCCGCUGGGACAGGGAAGGCUCGCGAGAACGAGCCUCUACCGCGGACGAACCGCGGUCCCGCAGGGCGCGGUGAGGGAGUCUGAGGCGGGAAGCUGAAUGAAGUUCUGCUGCUCACAUACACUGUGUUCCUUUGUCCAUUCAUCUGUUGACGGACAGCUGUGCUGUUGUGGGUAGUGCAGACGGAGCUCAGAUGGACAGCUCUCUGUGUUCUGACUUGGAGUCCUCAGGCCGCCCGUCGCGAAGGGAUGUCACCAUUCUCUGCCUAGAGAUGGCUCGGGACUCAGCAGACCUUGCUUCAGACUAUCAAUUUUGGCUGCAGAAGCUUUCUGUCUGGGAACAGUCCUCCACUAAGGAAACCCAGCAGGACACCUGUCUUCACCUGUCCAGGUUCCAGGAGUUCCUGAAGCAGAUGUAUGAGUUCUUGAAAGAGAUGGAUUCUAACGCAAUCCUGGAAAGGUUCCCCACGAUUGGUCAACUGUUGGCAAAAGCUUGUUGGAAUCCUCUCAUCUCAGCAUAUGAUGAAAGCCAAAAAUUUAUAAUAUGGUGCUUAUGUUGUCUGAUGAACAAAGAACCACAGACCCCCGGAGAAUCACAACUUAACUCCUGGAUCCGGAGUUUGUUAUCUCAUAUACUUUCCACGAUCAGAUUCAACAUGAAAGAAGUUGGUCUUUUUACUGAAAUUCUGGGAUAUGAGCCUGUUGAUUACUAUCCUAGUUUGCUUAAAAAUAUGGUUUUGUCAUUAGUGUCUGAGCUUAGAGAGAGUCAUCUUAAUGGACUGAACACUCAAAGUCGGAUGGCUCCGGAGCGUAUGAUGUCCCUGUCACAAGUUUGUGUCCCUCUUGUUACUCUGCCUGAUUUUGAACCCCUGGUGGAGGCUCUACUUACCUACCAUGGACGUGAACCUCAGGAAGUCCUCUCGCCUGAGUUCUUCGAAGCUGUAAAUGAGGCCGUCUUGUCGAAAAAGAUGAUUCUGCCUGCGUCCUCUGUGGUCAGCCUCUGGUUCCGCCAUCUCCCAAGUCUUGAAAGAGCAACUCUGCAUCUUUUUGAAAAGCUGUUCUCCAGUGAGAGGCAUUGCCUGCGAGAAAUGGAGUGCUGCAUAAAAGAGUCAUUGCUGCCUCAAGCAGCCUGCCACCCUGCCAUCUUCAGAAUUGUAGACGAAAUGUUCAGGGUUGUGCUGCUGGAGACUGACGGAGCCCCAGAAGUACUAGCCGCUCUCCGUGUAUUCACCUGGUGCUUGGCAGAAGCUCUGGGAAGAGAGAACAAGCAGGUGAAGUUUGCCCUCAAGACCUACUUUCCUUACGGUGCUCCAUCCCUCACUGCAGUGCUGUCCCAGCGCCCUGACGCUAUCCCACGGAGUCACCGGCUUCAGCCUCUGCUGCACGUUUCCCAACUCCUCAGAGAAGCAGUUGAAGACCACACUCGUGGGUCCCCGCGAGACGCCUUCGAGAGCUGGUUUCUGUUCGCUCACUUUGGAGGAUGGGUUGAUCUGGCAGUGGAGCAGUUGCUGAGGAUGGAAGCCGACCCCCCUGAAGGCCUGCUGUGGCUCUUGGUGUUCUACUACAGCCCACAGGAUGGGAGUCAACAGAGAGCGCAGACCAUGGUGGAGCUGAAGGCACUGCUCGGCCGUCUGCUGACGCUGCUCAGAGGUGAGCGCCUCUCAGCUGUUGAUGUGCAGAAAGCAGCCCACUGUCCCAGCGCAGACCCCAGACGACCUGUCUGUGGGCAGCUGGUCAGGCGCCUUUUGCUUAGCCUCUUGCUCUGGACCCCAGAAGGCCAUUCGAUUGCCUGGGAAGCUAUCACCCAUAUGGCCAACACCGAUGCUGUAACCCAUGAGAUCGUUGGCUUUCUUGACCAGACUUUGUACAGAUCAGACCAUCUUUGCGUUGCAGCCUCAAGAAAACUGGCCAGAGAGCUCCUUCAGAAGCUUGGAGCUCAGGUCUAGCAGGCAGCACAGAAAGCGUGAGCACCUGUAUGGCGUGCUGCCGUCUGGUGAAGGUAGUGUCUGUGGGGCCCAGAGCAAGUGAGAAUGGCUGGACACAUCCAUGCCUUGGCCCCGUUCAGUGGCGUGUGGCUUCUCCUUCCUACGCACUCUGCACUAGUUGGCCAAGGAGGUAGAGUAAGACCCAGGUCACCUGCUAGGUUCCAGUCUUGGGUGAACCCUCAUGUCCACACAGCCUUGCAUGAUGACAGCUAGCACUGGCUCAUUUACUGGCUCCCUUUGUCCUGCCCACUCUGAUGACGCUGCCAGCGAUGGGGGAGAUGCCCAGUAGCGGGAGGCCUGUGCCCAGCAGGGGACAAGGCUGCACCACGCAGAUGAGCGCCUGCCUCCUUUGCUCCUCAGCGCAGAAAUGCUACGGUGCAUCAAGGGAAGGUGGACGACCAGAGAAGGGGGUCAGUACUUCCCCCAAACCCCGAGAAGGCCAAACACAAAAAGACCAAAAAAAAACCCAAAAAAACCCAAAACUGCUUUUCCUAUGGCCCACAUCUAGUGAAACAGGAUUUGGGAACUGAAAAUCAAUGUCUCUCUUCUCCACUUGCUGUAUGUAGACGGGAUCGCUGGGUGCAUCUGUUCUGUUUUCUAGCGAGAACGUAUAUAAGUAGGCACUGUGUGAGCAGAGAAAGCCACCGAGCUGCAGUCCUGUAGACUUGUGCAGGCCAGCUUCAGUGCUCAGAACAUCCCACCUGGGGGGAGAGGACUCGAUGCCUGCAGUCUCGUUAGAGGCUCUGUGGCAGAAAGCGAAGGACUCUGGCUUCUCCCUGGCAUUCGUGCAUCCGGGCUCUAUCAGCGGCCAAGGGUGAGCUUGUUCAGUCCCUGCCCUUUAGUCACCCUGCUGCUGGGCCCACUACAUUGCCAAGCUGUUCACAGGAGGGCGGGGCUGGACUUCUUACCUUGUUCAUUCUAAAUAAAAGUUGUACUUAA